AUGAUUGAGGAUGAAAAUGAUAUUGCUUAUUCCACUGCCAUACGUUCUUACUAUGUAUUUGUAUACUGUCCAAAACCUCAAUCAAUAACUCUUACUUACAGGCAACUUGAAAAUACAACAAUUUAUACACAAAACCUAUUAGAAAAUCGAAUUCAGCUAUUUAAUGUUGUAUCAGAGACACCUUUGAACGGAAGUGUAUUUCAGAUCAAUGUAUCAGUAAAUCAUUUACUUUCUCAUACUCACGGUCAACAGAUUAACAUUAGGUUCGAUAAUAAUCAGACCAUUUUGUAUGACGCUUCACACUACACAGGAAAUAAAGCUAGCAAUAUGCUCUACUAUAUCCUUCCUGUUUUAUGUACUGUUUCUCCUCAGCCUGUUCAACAUUUUCAAGUUUGUAUGACCGUAUUACAAGAAUACUCAGCAUAUACUAGUGAAUUAGCUAAAUACCUGAAUUCUUCAUCAUUACAUUUGAUAAAAUUUCUUGGCCAAUUUGAAAAUGAAGAAUCGCCUUCUUUAAUUGUUGGUCUCUUUAUAAUAUCAAGAUUAUUAAAAGAAGUAGAUGUUCCAUACAAAGUUUCAAAGUAUUUGACAACAAGAUUACGAAAUUAUUUAGAUCAUGUUUAUUCCGACGUAAUUUUUACAGAGUCUUAUAAUUUACCAACCUCGUAUCAUCACAUGGUAAAAUCCCUGUACGAUUUUAUUAAGAGAAGCUGCGGUUCUGCAUUUGCUGGGUUUUUAAUUUGGUCUUUUUGCUCACCUAUUAUAGACAUUGAUACUGUCUCUUUCCUUUCACCUGUAUCCGAUAUAAUUGCCGAUACUGACCUCAGACUUGCAAAUAGCGACUUAAUUAAUUAUUUAUUGAAAAGAUGUUCAAAAGGACAGCCAGUAAUAUUGACUGCCCUUUUUUCAUCAAUUAGUCCAAUCAGUACAAUCAAAUGUCGCUCAAAAAUUCUCAAAUUAUCACAGCAAUUUACAGAAUUGGACUAUAAGUCUGUAGAUGUUGAACAAAUUGCAGCCAUUUUAUCUCAUAGGUUAAGAUUAGCGAGUAUUGAUUACUCAAGUCAAAACUUUUUCAUUACAAUUAAGCCAAUAUUAGAUCAUUUUUCAAAUUUCCCAUCUUUGUUUAAUUCCAUAGAUCAUUGGAUGCCAUUUCGACAUCUCCCGAAUUUCGCCAUCGAAUUCGAUAUUCCAAGAGAAAUGGUUUUCGAUUUAGCCAUUACCGGAAUAGAAAACGAGGAAAAUGUCUCCAAUUUAUACAUUUCUACCCUUGGAAAUGUUCUUGUCCUCAUUGAAGGUGAAAAAUGGCUUCUUUUAUUUGAAGAAUUUUUCAAGCGAGUUAAAUCCAUUGCUUUUGAUAUCGGAUUACAACUCCGUGAACAAUGCCAGAAAACAAUUUGGAAAGCAAUGAGUGCAAAUUCAGAAGAAUUCAGUGAAAUCACAAAUAGAGUCUUUGGACCAGAUGUUUGUGCUUUAUAUGCUGGAUAUUUCUCGGCAUCGGCCUUUUUGGAGAAUGAUACAAUCAGUGAAGCACUUCGCCAGUGUUUAGUUUCUCAAUUACCAAAUAUUGAUCUUUCACCACGCGCAAUUGGUAAGGAUUAUGUUAACAUUGUAGCCAUUAUGCGUUGUGAAUGGGCUCUGACUGUUGAUCCUGUGUCUAUGAAGAAAAUUGCAAAAGCAGCACUGAAAUUAGUCAGAUCUAUCAAAAAGAGAGUGGAAACGAUCAGUUCAACCGGUAUUCGCAGACUUGCUUGUCUAGAAAAAUGUGCAGACCAUAUAAUUGAGACUCUUAAUAUGACUUUCCCUCAUGUUUGA